CUUCAUUCCUUCUCUUCCAUUCAGAUCAGCAGAGCUGAGAGAACUUCAUCCACACCUUCACUGAAAAUAACUGAUAUAUCAAGAAACAAAGAAGCAAUGGAUUCCAAAAUUAUGAAGACUACUCAAAGUCUCACCACAGCUGAGGAGAUGAGAAACCAAACCAAGCUUGUGAUGCAGCCUUAUGCCAACUGGGAGGAAUACCUGACUCCUGCACCGCUCUCCAUAGCCAUCCUGGGAGAGCUGGUCUUCAUCUCUUCACAAACUGAUUUCUCCAUCAACAAAAAACCACCAAAGGACGGCUACAAGUACAUCAAAUACCCAGAUUCAUUUCGUGCCUGUCUCAUGCAAGUGUGUAACUCUGGCUGGUGGGCUUUCAAUGAGGCCCACAAGAACAUGGACCAGAUUCGGCUCCACACCAUGGCUGUUCCAGACUACAUGAAGACUGCUGUGAAGAUACUUUUCCAAGGUAAUGAUGAGGUUGUUGAAGCCCACCUUCCUGACCAGCUGGAGAACAUUCGUGCCAUUGCUGAUGACUGUCUUGAACUGGCUGAAUCAACAGAAAAGCGGUUCACUGAUGUCAUCAAUAUUAUCCAAGAGUUGCUGGAAGCCUGUUUAAAUGCUAAGCACUUUUACGGAGAAGAGCUGGAAGAAAUCAAGAAGAAACUGGAGGAGAAUAAAAUUAGAAAACAGUCAGCAGAAGAAGCUGCUAAACGCUCUGAGAAGGCAGUUAAAAUCAUGGAACAGGAACUAGCAGAAGCACGAGAAAUCUACAAUAAAGCAAUGGAUUCUCUACCCAGUGGAUGGAACAUGAUAGCUAUGGAUCUUGUUGGAGCUGUAACUGAAAGUUAUACACUUUUAAUGAAUGGACUGACAACAUUGAUGACUGAGCCAGUGGCACAAAUGUGCAAUGCUUCGAAAGAAAUUGCAGAGACAGUGAACCACAUAAAAGGCUCUACUGUAGAUGGAGUUGAUGAAAUAAAUAUCUAUAGCAAGUCUGCAGAAAUCAUGAUGUGCACAGAGCUUCUUCAAAUGUUUGUGCAGGAAAAUACCAUUGACUGGAAGACACUGUAUGAUUGGAAGAAAAAAGCAGCAAAAACAGAUUUUAUAAAAGAGCAGUUUCAAAGAAUCAAUUGCAGCCUGGAAAACUUCCCACAAUGUCUACCAAAGAUGCGAGCCCAAACAUUGUGUGAACAGGCCAUUAACAUCUGUGGAGAACUGGCAAAAUAUGCAUCAGAUGGGAAAUGUGAGGAAGCCAAAACAGAGGAGCUGAUCAACAACAUCAGAAAACUGACUGAAUCAGCCUGCAGUUUUGACUGCAAGAGCAAGGAUUUCACAAAGACACCUUCCCUGACUCCAAAGCCACCAAUGAUGUUGAAAGAGAAAAAUAAAUCUGAGAAGACGAGGGCUUCAGAAAGAGCAUCGGGGAAUGCCAGGUUCCGCAUAGAGCAGAGCCGAGCUCAGCUGAACAAGAUCAGAGAGACCUAUGAGAAGAGUGUGGAGAACAUGGAGAAAAACCAAAAGGAACUGACUGAAAUUCUGAUCGACAUGAGAAACUGCAAAUUCAAAGAGAUAGACUUUAACACCACCAUACAAAUGCUGGUCAAAGGGAUGGAUGCCAUGGGGAGAGUGAAGGAGCAGUGGGAGAAGAUGGUGCGCUUCUUUCAGAUGGUGUCCAACAUUGUGAAAACCAGCCUGAACAGAACUCUCAAAGAUUUUGCCUCCACGUCUGAGAAGACUCAGUCACUUUCCUACAACUCAAAGCUCUUCUCCAAAGAUCUGCUGUACAAUCAAGCUUUUCAGGCCACUAACAUUGCCAGCCUCGUCCACAUGAUCUCAGCAACCUACACUGAAGUGUCUGAGAAGUAUCUCAUGGAUCGUAUCAGCUCACUGGGGAAACUUAUGGCCAUGGACAAGGAAAAACCAGAGUUUGAACAGGAGCGUCUGCAGUUACAGAAUGGCUGUGAUGAAGCUCAGAAAGGCAUUUUACGCCUUGUUCUCAAGAAUAAAAAUGAGUUUGAAAGGAAGACUGACUCAAGACUGGAGAAGAUUGACAAAGAGUUGCUGGCCAUUCUUCCCCCUGCUGCUCCAGAAGAGAUGAAGAGCAUCCAAGCAGCUGUUGAAAGGGGAUUCACAGAAGAUGAGGAGGCAGAAUAUUAUUGAAUGUGUAUGCAAAAUUCAUACUCAUUUUGUGCCAUUGGUAAUGACUAAUUUCCCUCAGUUCCCCCACAUUAAUUUUGCUUACAGGACAAACAUAAUCUGAAAGGUGCUACUGUCCUGGCUUUUCAUAUUAUUCUCUUUAUAAUGGGUUGUGGUAGUUAUGCCACUGUUAUUUGUAUAGUGUGGCAGAUUAAUUUGGUUUUGGAAGAAAGUGAAACCUGAAUAUACAGACACAUAGUACUACUACUACAUAAUAUUUUCAGUCAGUUUGAUAAAUAAGCUUCUGUGCAUAUAAAAAUAAGAUUUUAUUUAGAGUUUAUUUUGAGAAUGCCUUAUUGAGGAAAUGUUUGUCUUUAUGCCUUACACUUUAUUUCCAUAAUUAAUCUAAUUAUUUCAUUUGAUUGUCCUACAGUGCAUAUGUUGAAGAGCAGACUGUUUAAAACGUUUGUUUUUAAUUUACAAUUCACUAGAUGGCAGUAUAUUAUAAUUACAUUAGAACUGGCCUGACUGCAUGUCUUUGGAAAUAUACAGACACUGGGAAAACAGGCACUGUGGGAAAGCUCCACACAGAGAGGGCCCUGGGGGAUUAAACCCAGGCCCGUCUUGCCAAGAGAUAACAUGGCUACCCACUGAGCACCAAGGCCUGUGCGUGUAUGUCUAGUUUAAGGCACUAUUAAUAAUAGUUAAUAUGCUAUGCAAAUGGUGAAGGAAACACCCAGUACUUCCUUCAUUUGUCCAUUGCAGAACUGCGAUAUAAUACCCAUCACAGACUGUUCCACACUUAUAUAACACAGGUGUCAUGUUUCUAUACAGUUUUCUAUACUCUGAAAUGAAUGAACACAUUUUUUUCCUAAAAACUUCAUUUAACAUGCCUAUGCAGCCUUUUCUAUCAUUUGAACUGAAUCAACAUAUUUGUUUCUUUACUGAACCUUUAUGGAACUUGCUGUGAAAGACAAGGU